AUGAUAACACUCGCACUGUUCGUGUCACUCCUCUUGGCGGUAACAAGGCGUUAUUCUGGUAAGUAUGUCCGUCUGGUUUCUAACAAUUCCAAUUUCAAUUUGACAAUUAACUGAGAGAUUUGUUGCGCUAUUUGGUCAUUCGAGCGCUAUGGUCGAUGUUAGUUUUUUCAAAAACUUUUUAGGAGCGGCCGUGAAUGUCUCUAGUAGGGGCGGCGCAUUUAGACACCCACGGCUGCUUACGGCACAGCUCGUGUUAUCAUCCUCCGCGUUCGGCCACGGCUUACAACACUUAAAACGACCUUGACCGACCUCAUUCAAUAAUUGGCUUGCAUUGUUCAUUACCGUUAAGUCACAAGAGUCAAAAGUGCCCAAUUUCAUCCUAUUUAGCUUUGGAAUGCCCAGAAACGUGGAAAGAAUUUGAAGGCUUUUGCUACAAGGUUAUGGAUAGGCUCGGUUAUCGGCGGAGAUUUGCUUGGUCAACAGCAGUAAGCGGAUGUUUUGGGUUUGGAGGAGACCUGGUAAGCAUAUCGAAUGAAAAGGAAAUGAAGUUUGUCCAUGACACGGCUUUCAAGGACGCAAACCGCACUUCUGUUUGGAUUGGGUUGGCGUAUCGGCAUCAAAAGGGUGGAUAUGUAUGGAACAAUGGAGAAUCGUUUAACAUUUCUGGUUCUGUCCAGUGGCUCAACAUGUCGAGAAUUGUUUAUGAAAAUAAAUGCGUCGAAAUCUUGAAAAAUGGCUGGAACCUCACCGAAUGUUGCAAGGAAAAUAAACAUCUCUUCUGCAAAAGACCGAAAGGUGAGUUGUUCCUGCGUGGGAACUCGACAUUGAAAAUGAUGGAGAAGUUCUAAUCGUACCAGGUACGACCAAAACACAGGUAAAAUUUGAUCCAUUAAGGCGCUUAAACUCUUAAACGGACUUUAGAUAGCCUUUACGCCUUUAAAUUUUAGGCGGGCUAGAUUCCACCCUGAUAUUUGGCUUUUUCCAUUUGUCUUCUCCUUUUGUUUCGCAGUCAUUUUAACCUCAAUUAUAACCUUGCUGGGUUAACGGAGCUUUUUUGGUGGUUACAAUGCAGUUUUUGACAGAUGACCAGCCACGCCCAUAAUUAUGCAAAUUUUACAUGUUAGAAUUAUCACACCCAAACACAUAUUAAAGAUCCUAAUUUUUCUUGUAUUCUAUUUUUAAAAAAUGAAAUAUAACAACUGAUUGAUUACCGGGAAAUUUUAGAAUAUUAUAUUCCUUGUUCUCUGAUUCUCGUCCCAGUCUCUCUAACGUUUACAGCUGUGCCAUGAUUCUUAUUGGUUUCAAACUAUUUGCUCUGUAAAUGUUUCACUAAUGAGGUCCAUUGGCCUGUUCUGCUGGUUGGUUUUUCAAUGGAGUAUCUUGCUACAAGGACAAUGGAAACGGUACCUGGGAAGGUGCACGACAAGGGUGUACUGUUUCCGGAGGUCAUUUAGUGAAGGUUGAUGAUGAUAAUCAAAAACGAUUUUUGAUUCACUUCAUGGAAGUCACCGGUCUGAAGAAAACCAGCUUAGAUGUAAGUAUCGAGUCACUAACUCUUCGGGCCUCAUGAUCGAAUGAUCAGCAUGAAAUUUCUCCAUGUAAUAUUAAUUCAUUAUAAAACAUAUUAGUCACAAGAAUUAAUUGUAUAAGAACAUGAUCACCCGAGGUAAAUGUAACUGAUUCUUACUACAAUUACUCUUCCUACCACAUCUGUAGGAAACGUGUAAGGACAGGAAAUGGGCAUUUAACUUGAGAUGUUAGGUUUUUUAUGCAGUUGAUAGAGCACGCUUAAGGCUAGGGUAAUUAAUUAUAAGAAGAGAUUUCAAAGAGGAAUGCGGAGAAAUCGCAUCUUCUGUGUAGUUCGUGUCACAGACCCAAUUGAAUCAGUGAUGUAGAUCGUAGACAGUUUUUAUUCCAUUUUCAUCUAUAUCUGUAUCUUGAAAAACGCAAAUGUUCAAAAGACCACGUUUCUCAUGCUCAGUUACUUUGGCAUAACCUGAGAUCAGGCUAUUAAUUGUCCGCCAUAUUGCUUUGAUAUGUUUGCAUGAGGUCUGGGUCAAAGUGACCUUUGAUUGGUUCAGGGCCUUGUACUUACGCAUGUGCUUAUGUCAACCCAGUUUUAAACAGUCAAAGCUACGACAUAAGCAUAAGCACAAGGACAACGAACUUGUCCGUUUUUCUUGUGCUUAUGUUUAUGCUUAUGUCGACCCAGUUUUCACUUGCUUACACCCGUGCUUGUGCUUAUGCUUAUGUGCUAGUGAAAACCAGGCUUAAGAAAAUUCUUGGCCGAGAAGUUAUCAUGAUGAUAAGCCUGGUUUUCACUAGCGCAUAAGCAUAAGCAUAGGUACAAGCACAUGUGUAAGCAAGUGAAAACUGGGUCGACAUAAAGCAUAAGCAUAAGCACAAGAAAAACGGACAACGAAGUUCGUUCUUCUUGUGCUUGUGCUUAUGCCCAUGUCGUAGCUUUGACAAGUGAAAACUGGGUCGACAUAAGCACAUGCAUAAGCACAAGGCCGUGGACCAGUGUAGGCCACUUUGCCCCAGGCCUCAUGCGAACAUAUCAAAAGCAAUAUGGCGGACUCUUCGUCCGCCAUCUUGUUUAUCAUUGGGUUGAGGAGAGUUGGUACCGAGAAUUGAGUCAAAUAUGCCAUUCUGCGCGCGCGAAUGUCCUUUUGCUGACGCUUAUGUGCCAGUCAAAACCAGGUUUAACAAACUGAAAAAAAGCUUUUUCAAAACAUCCUUGUCGCCAUGGUAACGAUCGAAAUCUUACUUCUAAAAUGUCAAAUUUAUUGUCCUUAGUAAAAGUGUAUUCUGUCCAUACCAAAUAUGAGCCUCAACGAGUCUUGAAUGACACUCCCAUUAUCAAACUGUUUACAACCACCUUAAUUAAUUGUGGUUUUUGUAGUAAAUUGUUCCAUUUAAUAUUUUUUCUGUAUCCCUUGUAAUUCCUUUAUACAGCACGUAUGGAUUGGCCGAAAAGGUGAUUCGAAUUGUUUGCAACUGGAGACAAACACUGGAAUGAUAGAAAAGGCGAAGGACUGUAACUACAAAAAGAACUACAUUUGUGAAAUGCCAGCGUCAACAACAAGUACGUUUUCUAUCAUCCACAUCGAGGUUACACCUAGCACAUUAUCGCAAGAGACCAAGCUCAAUACGAGAGCCCUGAACAACCUUAUUUUACUUAGCUAAUUAUUUAUUCAUACAGCAAAACCACAUAAGACAUUGUAUGAAAAUUAUUACUUUUUCUCCACAAUUGGGCGAAAUGUGCAUUAUGUUUUUCCUAUGAAGCUUUUGUUUAGUAUUUUCAGGUUAAAGUCUAUCAAAUUUGAGUGAAUGACUUCCAGUUUAGUAAAAGCUCCGCUUUUAGGCUUGUCUACAAGUUAUAAUUUCACGCUUUUGCCCCAGACUUUGAGGUAAGUGACCUUGUCAGAGAUACUCGAUGGUUUUAAAGGCUUGUAUUAUUCUGCAUCUAUCUUCAGGUAAUGUUUGUUAUGAGUACCCUAGCAGGAAUUACUCUGCUCCCAUUAAAGUCAGCUGUACUCUUCCAGAAAACCUUUGUUUCAAAUAUGACAAUACAACGGCAAACGGCGAAAAAGUCACCAUUCAAGGCUGUAUAUCCGCUGAUCAAUGCAGACAAUUUGAUGGUCAUCAUUUGCACUGUUGUGAAGGAGAUAUGUGUAAUAGUGGUAAGUAAGCUCAAGUAUAAUGGACACAAAAUAACUAAAAAUUGUUACUUUAGGUCCGCCGUGCCAUGUUCCCCAGAAACAGGGAAAACUUAGUUUAUUUUAACGAGGAUCCAUGGAGGAGGAAUAGCCAUGAUUUUAAGAACCUUUUUGUAAGUUUUCACAAGAUAAUGCACCUGUUUUAAUCAGUGCAUACUCGCACGUUUCCUAUGCCAUUUAUAAUGCAAUACCUUUCCUUGCAGUUAAGAACACCACGAUACCUGAACCCGAAAAUCCGACCCGCGCCAUUUCUAAAGUCAUUUACAUCUCACUUGGUAUCACCUCCGCUUUUUUGCUACUGUCCGUGGCUAUUGUUGUCUGGUGCUACAGAAAAAAGAAGCUAAAGACUAUUGAAAGGUUUGUGCAUCUUUUAAUUUGCUAACGACGUUGUUCGGCGUAAUUUUUUCUCUAGUUGAAGGUGUAUCAAAAACACUUAUAUAAACAAAAUUUUACUUUCCUAGUAUUUAAUUUUAGCGCGAUGUUAUUGGUUAGAUUACGUCACGUGGCCACUUAGAGCGUCGUGCACCCGCCAUUGACAGUUGCAACGAGAACAAUCAAGCAUUUUGUUUUAGCCAAGGGGCUGAAAACCUAAAAAAGACAGAAAGAAGAGAACCUGGAGAAGAAUAUCUUGAAAAAUAAAUUGAAAAUUGACUUGACUGAUAAAAAAAUGUUAUUGCGUUCGACGUCGAGAGAACGCAACCUAGACUCAACGCCCAAGAGCUUGAGCACAAACAUUCAGCGCAAACAAACUCAAUUUUUGGUAGUCUGGGUGAAUUGCCGAAAACGAUAGGUUGAAGGCUAAUGGCUAAAGUCCUUGGUUGACAACUUUCUUCUGAGAUGCCUCUUUCUUCCAGCUGUUUAUUUUGACAGACAAGCGCUGUUGAGCCUAUCUGGGACCAAAAGUUAUCUCUCAUAUCAACACGAUAUCAAACUAUGCCCAGUCGGUGAGGUUGCAUUUUUGGAAGGCAAAGGCCGGUUUCGAGAAGCGGCGUUUCACUUCUAAUCGGGUAUGGCAAAUUUCGUUGUGACGUUUUCUCACUCAAAAAUGGGCUUGUAGAGAAAACGUGUUCAGCAGUACACAAAAGGGCAAGGGCUGGUUGAGUCGGAUGAAGCUUCAUUCAUCAAUGAAAUUACCCUUGCAUUAAAAUGAAAAAUUUAUGUUAGAUGCCGUUUACACGGGACCGGACAAAUAUUUCAACGAAUGAUUAAGGCUUUUCCCGUGCAACCCUUUUACACUGUGGAACCGUGCAAAUUCUGUAUCAAAUUUCAGUAUGAUUUGCCGUUCAAAAACUUGCACUGUUCGCAAGUUCCGUGUAAACGAAAUGCGGCUUUGUGCAAGUUUUUGUCCGUUCAUAUGUCCUGAUGUGUUUAAUUUAAACGUGGUCUUAAGUUUCUUUAAACUGUCACCAACCCUGUUGGGAAUUGUGUCCAAAAUAGUUGCUAUCCAACACACUCACAGAAGGUGUUUAUUCCUUUCCUCACAGUACAGCACACUCUCAUAACAAAAUAAUUCUCUUUUACUAUCUCCUAUUGUUCUACUAUUUUACUAUGAAUCAUGAGGUUUUCAGCUUCGCUUUCAAUUCCAAGUUCAGUGCUAUCAGAUUCUCACGUGUAAUCUAUCACUUAACACCUCUUUUAAAUCAACUGACUAAAAUCAAACAGAACUCAAAUCAUGUUUACAAAGGAGAUUGGUUAUUAUUUCCGACACUCUCCCCCCAUAUGUCUACCUUUAGGUGACAUAUGUUGCAUUUAUCUCUAGAAACCAUAUCAUACUAAACGUUCUUCUGAGUCAAAACGAUAACAGAAAACGAAAUGAUUCUCAAACUCGCUACAGAGUCGGUGUUCAAUCAUUUCAGUUGGCUUGCUCUUUGUCAGCAAUAUCUUGCAUUUGUACUCUCGCUGCAAUUGCAGCGUCACGGGUAGGUCUGAACUCUCGAACCUACGGGUUUAGCUGUUCCUGAGUUAAUUUGUCAAAGGCGCCCGCUCGCACGACAGUUCUAAGGGCUAGAGGUGGUUUAGCAGCGGCUCUGACUUGGAAACGGUGACAACCAUAACAGUGUUUUAUUACUCUCUUGGUCAGACGUCUGAGCCCCGGCACCCAAUGACGCUCUCCGAUCCGCGCCACUGUUAAACUUACUCCCCCAUGCUAUGUACGGCUUCAAAGAGUUUCACUGUGUAGGGGUGCUUGUCAGGCAGGUAUACCGGGUAAUGUACCUGUACACGACCUCGACAUAUGAGUAUCCCCUGGUCGUUUUCUUCUAAACCCAGUCUUUGUCGAUCGUCUGUCACAUCAUCGCUUUGAAUCCCUUGAGGGCGCUUGGUCCAAAACAGGUGCUGGUUUUUAAUCUCGUCGGUCGUCAAUGGACCCAUCAUUCUUUCUUGUUUCUUCAGGCGUGAAUUCCGUAUGAAUCUGGCGGUCCAGGCGACAAUCCUCAACAUUGAGCCACCCAGUUGACGCAGUGGCGCCAUUAAAAAGUUCUUUGGUAAUUUUAGCCUAUGCUUGGCUCUCAGGAGUGCGACUUGUCACGAUGUCUGUAGGCCACUUUUCUCUGUCUGAAAGCCAUUGCAUUCCUUGCCACCACAGCUUGCUGUCAUCUACUUGCCCUCCUCGACUUCCCAGGUCUGCCGGAAUUUCGUUAGUGGGUACGUGGCGCCAAGUAAUCCCUGAAUGCUCUUGUGUUUUCAUCGCUCUGCUAUGAGCUCUUUGUACUCGCGGCCACCGUUUAUCCAAUGGAGAGCCACUGAGCUAUCCAGCCAUCCAUAGCGCCGUUAACAGGAAACCCUUCAAGCGCCUUCUCUACGUUUAUGAUAAGGUUCGUUGCCAUAUGUGCCGACACCAGCUCUAAUCGCGGAAUGGUCAGCAUCUGCUUUGCUAGUCGAGCCUUUGCAGUAACCAAACCCUGGCUCACCCCUGAUGGCUGUCUCGCAACUGCAUGGACUGUUGCACACACUCCGUUCUUACUCGCAUCUCCGAAUACAUAGAGCUCAAUUCUUUCAAUCUGCUCUUGGGCACAUGUCAGAGCCCUUGUUACCAUGACCUCGGCUGGUAACUCUUUCUUCCAUCGUGUCCAUUGGCUUGCUAGUGGUGGGGGUAGCGGUGCAUCUCAGGCCACCUUCACGUUGCAAACAUCUCUGUAGAUGAACUUUCCCUUGAUAGUUACCGGCGCCACGAGACCGAGGGGAUCGUAAAUUCUUGCCAUAUUACGUGUCAUAUUGAGGCAUAGUAGCACCUAUCUGAUCUCCUUGUUUGUGCCACGCGAGUCCAAGAAAACUGCCGGUCUUUGCUUUUGUUUUGCCGAGCUGCUGUUUGGCAAAGUGCCCUCGUUUUCCACCCCUCUUUCACUCUCUUCUAACUCGGCAACAUUCGAGUGCCACUAGUGCAGCUUGAACUUAGCAUCUUCGAAGAUUCUUAUGGCUCCCUCUUUCUGUCGUAGAUCGUUCCCGUUCCACGAUGUGCUGACUUUGCACAUUUCACAGGAGUCACAGGACGAUUGUCUUCAUGUGGACUUUUUGACCGUUUCAAAUUAGCACUAUGGCCAACUUUGAGACAGAAUUUAUGAACUUUUGAAGCUUUUUGGCUCGUCCAGGCGAUAAACAUGACAAAAAGAUCAGCAAUUGCUCUUCGACUCCCAGGCUGGUCCAAGCUCACGAUUCUGCUGUGAGUCUCACGAUGUUUUAACGUUUCUCACGACAAGACUCCCAAUCUCAUGGGUUUUUUUUAGUGAGAUAUCAUUCUGAAAUGAAAUGUUUCUUUAUUCAAUAAAAACGGAAUUGUUUACUGUUGCUGAAUCGUAAUUGCUUCUCCUCAUGCAAACGCCGAGAAUCGCAAGCUGCAAGACUAGACUUCGCGACGGUUUUGCGAGACACUUGUCGACCAUAUGUUCUUCAAAUGCGACGAAAUGAGUUAAAGUACGGCUUUUACUAUCAAAACCAUGCUUGCUUUCCUCGAAUAUAUCUGUCAAUUCUUCAUAAAUAAAGCUCGACGGGCUUCAAACAGCGUCGACCGGCAGAAGUUCUCGGGCGAAAGUGUUAAAGAUGAUUAAUUUAUCAAGCGACUUCAAUAGAUAACGCGUUGACCCUCCAGGUCGGAGGUCCGAGAUUCGACUCUCGCCCAGUGGGUUAAUUAGGCACCCUUUGAUUGCCACUUGUUGCCUUAUUGCUAAAUCCCUUUCGUCCGCUUCCUUUAGAAAUGUCUCGUGCUCUUUCGCCAAAGUGGUGACCUGCUCAUGUGAUUCUCCAUUUGCAAAUUUCAGCUCCAUAAUGGAUUCUUUCACUGUAUGAGCGGCCUGCAAUUUUGACGUCAAUAGCGCUUUGUGUCUUGAUAUCGCUUGAUAUCGCUUCUGUGUUUUGAGAAACUAUCACUCCAUCAUUUUUGUCUAGCGAAAACUUGAUAGACUCAAUCUUCCGGUUAAAUUCUUUCAUUAGUUCCUCCAUCGCGUUAGCCCGUGUAGUUUUGGCGUCGUUUUUGUCGCCUGGUAAAUAUACUCAGUAUUAAAAUUCCUAGCCUCCCACGCAGGCGUUUUUAGGCGAGGGAUGAAAAACGUGCUCCCCUAAAAACGCCUGUAUGGGAGGCUAGAAAAUUCCCUGAUCGCAUCCGCUGUGUACUUGAAUUUCCGUAAAUGCCUUGCUCUUGUUCGAGGCAAAUCCCUGUGUGUCCCGUCGGAGGUGCCCGCACUUGAGUUGGAAAUUGCCUCCAAAUAGUUGUUAUCCAACACACUCACAGGAGGUGUUUAUUCCUUUCCUCACAGUACAGCACACCCUUAUCACAAAAUGAUUCUCUUUCACUACUCCCUGUUGUUCUACAUUUUAUUGUCAAUCACGAGGCUUUCAGCUUAGCUUUCAAUUCCAGAGUUCAGGGCUAUCAGGUUCUCACGUGUAAUCUAUCACUUAAGACCUCCUUUAAAUCACGCCACUAAAAUCAACAUGUUUGCAAAGGAGAUUGGUAAUUAUUUCCGACAACCCUACAACUUCGUUUGCCUGAAAAUUUGUCUGUUAAUUUCUUGUCAUAAAUUGGCAGAAACGCAUACGGAAAGGCAAGUCCGAUGCUCCUGUUCAAUGCGUUGUCCAUUGGUUUCUCUAUACGUCCACGUCUGCACAAAUAGUCGUGUACAAGCCAAACGUCUUAGCGCUGGUAUGUUUUUCAGAUUGAAAAUAUGGUGCUUAAACUGAUAACAGCCACCGCUAUCAUUAGGAUUACCCACGAGCGUUUUUUAAUUAAUAACAACCUUAAUUCAGCUUUUAUUAUGUCCUUUUUCUCCAGAUCACCUGAUUCACAACCCUCUGAUAAGUGGGAAAUGGUGCCUGAGCGAAUAGAAUUCGAGGGAGAGCUAGGGAGAGGAGAGUUUGGUGUUGUUUACAAAGCAACCGUUAGAAAGAUGGAUGAGAUGGAGGCGUUGGUCACUGAGACUUCCAAAUGGCCUUCAUCAUCCACGAAGCCGAAGGCACCACAGGUGGUGGCUGUCAAAGUUUUACAUGGUAAGAAAUAUUUUAAUAUACAAAACAAGAGAGAAAGCCGUAAGCGCUAAUUGAAUUUGUAACUUAUUUUCAGUUGUUUAUAUGCAAAAGAAACGAAUUCUUUUUUAUUUCUUGUUUGGACCUUUCUGAGACCCCAAUAGAAAAUCAGUCGAAAAAAUCAAAUUUUUUUUAUUUCGUUUGCUUUGGUUCUUGUUAGUAUUGUUGUUGUUGUCGAUUAUUCUUUUCACCACUGUUCUUCUUCGAAAACAACGGCUAAGGCCUGAUGAUAAAUAGGGUAGGAGCUCAAGGUAGCAUGCCUGACUGUUCCAGAUAGCGCAUCUCCUCCAAGGCUGCUAUCUAAGAAGAUGGGGUGGUAAAGUGACUAUUAAACUGAAAUGCACUUAGAAGGAAUAAUCUCCCUGUCCUUUUGUGCAUAGGAGGAUGCGUGCGAUAAAAAGGGAUGAAUAUCUGUCAUGCAAAUAAAAAGUCUAGCACUGAAAUAACAUGCUGGCACAGGAAGAAUGAAGAAGACAUAAUCAUUUUAUCAAAUUGUCUUUAGAUGAUCCAUCUGACGCACAGAUAGAAGAGUUCAUGUUUGAGAUUGAACAAAUGAAACUGUUAGGCUCACAUAAGAACGUUGUAUCCAUGGUUGGAUGCUGCACGCUUGAAGAGAAAAUGUUCCUGGUCAUAGAAUACGUACCGUGUGGUGACCUCUUGACGUGGCUACGCCGCAGAAGAAAAAAGGUAAGAAAAUCAUUGCAGCGUGUUCUCGUGUUCUGAAAGGGUAGACCACCAUUUUGUAUGACUAUAUAACUACCAGCCAUAUCAUGUAUUGAGACUAUUGCAGAUUUACAUCUGCGACGAUGCCAAUUUCAUACCCGAUAAAGUCCUUGUUAUUGAAAUCAUAAGAUUUUUUUAAAAACUUCUUACAAAGAGAAAAUACUUUCUCUCGAGAUUACUCAGUGCUUAAGGGGAAAUAUUUCAACAUUAUCAUGUAUUUGACUGGAUUUGAUACAAGGUGCCUGCACUCACUCUACUGGACAGCCAAGUCCAAGGAGCAAGACCUCAUCCUCACCACCCAUGAAACUCACUCCCCCAAGCUCUGCCAGUAGUGUUACGAUUAUGAGUCACAGCAUUUAUUUGGCUGGGCUAGCUUACAGGGAAACUUCCUUGACUUCUGAACUGUAUUCUGGCUUGAAAAUCUAUCAAAGUGACAAAAUCUCCCAUACCUACCCCCUACUUUUGACACAAAAAGCCACCCACCCAUCCUCUACUAGGUCCGGACCAAAGCUCUCUGCUAAGCUCUCUGGAUUUUUUUGGCUUCCCUGGCUUGAUGCCCGUGUUCAAGCGAAAACUUUGCGGGCACCUUCAGGCCAAGUCACACAUGUAUUGGUCUUUAUUUGUUACGAAACUGAUAACGUUGCUUGCUGGAAGUCUAGAUCAACGAACUUAAAGCCUCCGAGAGAUCAUAUGCUGACAAAGAGGUUCUGAAAGAUCAGGAAGAGAGCAGAGAAAAGGUAGGCUUGUUAACAAAAUGUGCUGAUUCAAUAUUUUAUCUAUUCUUGUUUGACCCUGAUAUUUUUUCUUUUCUUCAAAGUCCCCAAACCGUUUGUUGUUUGUUCCCUGUGUCUGAUUGACGGCUCAUUGUACGUAAUCAAAGACUUAAUUAAGGGAGCUUUCCAAAAGUCAGAACUGGCCGGCCAGACCAUAGCAGGCACCAGUCACUUUGACAAUGAAACAUGCUUUUUUCCAAGAGCUUUUGUUAAAACACCAUUUCCUUUGUGCCUGCUAUUUGGGAUCUGACUGAUAGUUCUGAUUAAAAGUGAAAUUCUCAUUAUGACUGGAAUGGUCUGGCUGGUCAGUUCUGACAAAUGGAAAGCGUCCUAAGAUUAAAUUAAGACACUGAAAUUGUUUCCAUGCUUGUAAAAAUCACCAAAAAGUUUUUAUGUUUAAUGCCCUCUGAUAAAAUUUGUUUGAUGUCUUUUUUGUGGGGUGGUAUAAGAGGGAGGGUGGAACACUCUUAUAGGGUGGAUUGAACGGUCUUUCCUUCUUCGCAGCAAAAACAAGCAGGCAUACUUUUGAAGAAAACGGCAAAGGAAGAGCAGGCUCAGGUCACCAUGGAAAUGAUCUCAUUGCGCCAGAGUGGCGACCCAAAGGACAUGGCGUCUGCCACUGACAGUCUCCCUGAUGUAAGAAUUUUAAUAAACACACUCAAGCCACAAGCGGCCUUUUCUCCAUCCUUGGAGGCCUAGCGGCAGUCAGGUGGUUCGGGAGAAAACGUUUGAGCCCCUGUUUACGGACUCUCACCAGACCAUUCUCAAACAAUCCAGCGAGUACUGACUCCUGAUUGGGCACACAAAAAAAUGCUUUGUAUUAUUUUGCCCAAUGGGCGAACAUGGGCUCCUAUUUUCUUUUUGUGUGUUCGUACACGACGGCUAUUAUCUCGCCAUACUUGUCCGGUUCUUUCACCAAGGUUUGAUGUGCAAGGGGAAUCUUGGCUUUUCCUACUUUGCCCCUACAAGAAACGGAGGAAAAACUGAUGAAUUCGGAAGACGUUUCAGAUGCUAUCAGCAGGACCGUUCCAAUUUGCUCCUAGACCAUUCUGUCACAAGGUAUCGUAAAUGAUAUUUACGAUGGCGUGAUCGAUAAGGAUCGAUGCAAGCUUGAAUACGUGUUGUAAGCUCAAGUUUAUGUUUUUGGAUAAGCAUCUUUUAAAUACCCUUACAUACGUUUCCAAAUUUAGUUUUCGGGUAGACAGUUACAGUUUUUUUUAAUUCAUGGACGGGUUUUAUAUCGAACUGAAACUUUCCUGACGGCGUGUAUUUCUUUAGUGCAAGAGCCAAAGAACUAUCAUAAUGGCGAGACAAUAGCUAUCGUGUACGAACACACGAAAAGAACUCGCGAGAUGCUGUUUAUCGAUUGGGCACAAUAAUACAAAGCAUUCUUUGCACACAAUCAGCUUGACCGUUUGGAAAUAGUUUAGUAAGGGUCGGCACCCAAGGGCUCUUCCGCCCUUUCUUGAAAACUAUUUUUGCCGCGCCUUUUCUCCCGACCCGACCGACUGCCUCUUGCUCUCGGAAGAUGCCUUGUCUCGCGAUACGAAGGGUGUAACAUGAUAUAUUUCAUUCCUAAGAGCAUAGGGCGAAGCGAAAGGUGACGUUUCGGUGACUGAAGAGAUAUCACGUAACGAAAGACUACUGUUAUUGAAUUAAAUAUCGUGGGUUUUGAAGAAUGAUAAAUAAAACUUCCAUCUUAUUUCAGUGGAACUUUAAAUGAACAAAUUCAACUCCUCUCUGUUCUUUUGUCAGUCGAAUUACAUAGUUUUAGCACAGGUAUCCCGAAACUCAUAGAAGAUAACUAUUAGUGCAUAAGAUUUUAUAUCAUGAUUUAAAUUGGAUCUUAAGAAAAUAAAAUAGUAAGAGGAAAAAGGCAGUAGUCUGCCUAAACUUGUGUGAUACUUUAAUUUUUAGUUACAGACAGUAGCUUCUAACAAUGUAAUGUUCCAAUUUCCCUACAUAUAAAUUAAACUCCUUUUUUAAAAAUCAUUUAGCAUAGGUUCGCCUUUAAUAAUGAGGCUAUGGACGAUGAGCAUUCUGCACACAAGGAGCAAGUGAACAUUGCACAGCAAAGCGACAAACAUGCCGUUGUUGAAGUGAUUCCCUCAACUUCCGCUAAAAAUCAAGUAAGAAGUUUUAUAAUUAUUUACAACUACAAGUAAUGCAGGUAUCGGUAUGUGGGUACAUGGUAUACUUCGUGCAUUUGGUACCUCAGUGUCAUAAACGUCCCUACCCUGCAAUGCACAGUUCCGGGUAGCCCUUGGGAAAGGUGUAGCACCCGUUAGCCAUGUCAGGGUCACGACACUGUUACCUGGCAGUCAGGUUUUUGUUUUUGCCAUAGGCUAAGGGAGCCACCCCUACAGAAAACGAGCCCACCGCUGGAAGGUCUGGCGCUCCUCCAGCAUCCCUUGCUUGGAUUUGUCUCAGUGAGCCUAGCAAAACAUUGAUUUGAUAAACACUGCAAACUUCCCUACAUACUUGCUCGGUCCUCGCCCGGAUAAACAAGGGCCGCGUCCCCCAGUGAUCAACCAUGUAGGAGUUGAUAAGUCAGCUACUGGAAGUCUCUUAAUAUGCAAGAUAAACACUGUGGUGUCAACUUUUAACAUCCGUUCACUCAACUCCAUUGAGAAGAUUGGAGAGCUUACCGUGCUGGCAGAGGAGAAAGGAAUAUCUGUUGUUUGUCUGCAGGAACAUCGAAAAUUUCACGAUAGUGCGCACGUGCACUGUACUGAUGUCUGCAAAGGCUGGAUCUUGGCCAAUUUCUCGUGCUGGAAGAAGUUCAUGAACAGUUGCGUGGGAGGAGUGGGUAUGCUACUAAGCCUCUCUGCUCACAACUCCCUAGAGGGCAAUAUUGUGGUAGUGAAUAACCGGACCAUUGUGGCAAACUUUAGUGGCAACCCUGCUACUACCAUUAUAUGCUGCUACAGCCCAACGAACUGCUCGGGUGACAGCGAUGCUCUAGACUUCUACAACACACUCUCUGAAGUAAUAAAGAAGCUACCUGGACAUAACCUUAAGAUCAUAUGUGGUUAUAUUUGAAUGCACAAAUCAGUCCCUUAGACUGUAAUGGGCUCAGCUUUGGGAAAAAGACGUUUAUGUUGGAUAUGGCCAAAUGGUUGCAAAGCCAAACUCGAUUAUAUACUGGUAAACAGGAAAUAGUGGAACAGUGUCAAAGACUGUCAGGCAUAUGACUCUUUAAUUCAGUACAGUAUAUUCAGACCAUAAGAUUGUCGUAACUAAACUACGCCUCAGUUUGCUAGCCAAUGGGAAAACAACUGACAAACGUAGCCAUUCGGUAAGAGAGGCUUAUACUGUGGAAGUUAAGAAUCGCUUUGAGGCCCUGUACGAGAUAAAGGAAAAACACACUGUGAACGAUCUGUAUACUACAAUGAUCAAGGCCCAAAUGGAUGCAGCUUAAAGAAGUGUAUUCCUAAGAAGAAACCAGUGAAAAAAAGAGUGCCGUGGGAGAAAGAACUUGUCAAGGAGAAAAGGAACGAGUUGAAGAAAGCCUAUUUGAAAAAUGUCUCCCCAACUCUGACAAUGCGAACUACCUAAAACAAACGAAAGAGGAACUUCAAGCUGCAUAUGACAGCGAACAAGUGGAAUAUCUGGCCCAGAAGUGCGCUGAGAUUGAGGACGCUGCAGUGCAGCAUCAGGUAAAAAGAGUAUGGGAUACUACUAAUGAGAUAACGGGAAGGACUUCGUCAGCUACAGGUCGUCUUAAAGGCAAAACUGCUGAAGUGAGGCUGGAAACGUUGCCAACAAGAAGGCACCUGACAUAGAUGAAAUCCCAGCUGAAGUAUAGAAAAGUGGCUUACUCAAUGACCAGUUGCUAGACAUGUGUAAUACGAUGCUUGAAGGUAGCGGAAAAUCUGAGCUAUGGUCCAAGAGCAUUAUAAACCCUGUACCCAAAAAAGGGCGAUCCUAGUGAACCUCAUAACAAACGUGGUAUUGCUUUAAUUCAAACAGCAGCUAAGAUCUAUAAUAGAGUGCUUCGUAACAGGAUCCGCCCCUACUUAGACCCCUUCUGCGCACAAAUAAAAACUGGUUCAGACCAGGAAGAUCAACAGUUGCUCAGAUAUUUACUCUUCGAACAUUGGUAGAAGGCAUAUAGGCCAAGAAUCUAUAACAGCAGUUCUUACUGUUGUGGACUUCAAAAAGGCGUUUGACACGGUGAACAGAGACAAAAUGUUUGAAAUUCUGAAGGCUUACGGCAUCCUAAAUCAAAUAGUCUUGGCUAGGGCGUCGAUGUAUUAUAACACUGAAGCCAUUGUUUGCUCACCUGGUGGAGAAACAGAUUUCUUUGCUUUCCAUGCUGGAGUACUGCAGGGUGACACGUUAGCUCCGUUCGUGUUCAUCAUAGCAUUAGACUAUGCAAUGAGAACCGCAAUUGAAGGCUAAGAAGACCUGGGAUUUACACUGACUGGGAGAAGAAGUCAUCGCUUUCCCGCAGUUAUGAUAACUGACAGAGACCUUGCUAACGAUAUCACAUUGAUUUCAGAUAACUUGGAUAAAGCCCAAUCACUGCUAGAGGGAGUUGAAACUGCUGCCAAAGAAGUUGCUCUGCACAUUAACACCGGCAAGACCGAACACAUGGCCUGUAACCUCCGACACAGGGCGACCUUACUACCCUAGACAAUUCAAAGCUAAGACAAGUGGACGAUUUCAAGUACUUAGACUCUUGCAUAGAUCAAACGAAGAAAGACUUCGAGAUCCGUAAAGGAAAAGCUUGUGCCGCUAGCAACAAACUAACAGCGGUGUGGAAAUCAACCUCAACAGAGAUCUAAAGACACGUUUCUUUAGAGUUUUAGUUGAAUCUGUUCUGUUGUACGGGUCAGAGAGUUUGACAUUGACUACUACAGUGGAAGAACAAAUUGAUGGCUGCUACACAAGGCUGCUACAUGCUGCUCUAAACAUAAGCUGGAGAGAUCAUAUAUCAAACGAGAAGCUCUACUGGGAUCUGCCUCCAAUUUCAGCAAGUCUCCAGAUACGUCGACUGCACAGUUUAGUGUAGUGCCUGAUCCAGACCUUGAGAUAAGGGGGGAGCGGCCAUCCAGAUCCUUAGAUAAGGGGGGCGGGGGGCGAGAGCUCGAAAUAAGUAGACAACUCUUUUAAUUUUUAGUUUCGACUAAAGAAGAACGCAACAUAAUAGUCGCUGUAGGUCCUCUGUCACUAUAGCGGUCAUGAUAUUUUCAUCGUUGGUGUACUACUUCUGCGCAUGCGCCUUCUUGAAUUACGUCACAACCUGUCGCUUCAAUGCUAUUUUAGUUGUAGACUCGACACUGGCCGUGGCUUCCUGGGUAAACUUCGCACGGUGAAGCCACCAGGACCUUCUUUAACUGUCGUGGUUUAGUUCAUCCCAGACAUUUUGACAACAGACUGCUAAAGGGAGGAUACGUGUUUGAUAGCUGUAAACCUGCCACUUUUAAGCUAAACACAGAGAAACUUCAUGAUUGUCAAUUACGUCUACUUGGUUAAACACCUGUUCUUGUACUCACAUUUAGCUCAAACAUUUUGUCAGUGUUUUUUCUUUGAGAGUGAUUAAUUGUCAUAUUGUGCCGACCCUGACAUCAAAGCAACCCUCGCAACAAACCUGAGGACAAGAUCGACAGCCUACCGACUGAAAAUAAUGCAAUGAAAGCCUAGGGUAAUUUUAGAGAUGCAGCAUUCGAUUUUACAAAUUAACACUUGAACAGAAAGAGCGAAAACAUCAGGACUUGUUUGAAACCAACAACGCAGAAAACGCCUGCCUUCUGAAGCAAAAGCAGGAAGCAUUUACCAAAUGGCUUUAAGAAAAGACCUCAACUGCCAGGCCCGAUCGCCUCAAGCACCUUAGAAAAAAAGUCAAACUGAGUUGAGACAGAUGAAGGAUAAGUGGUGGCAACACAAGGCUGCAGAGCUGGAGCAAUAUUCAGACGUGCACAACUUUAAGAGGUUCUUCGAGGGCUUGAAGACUGUAUAUGGUACCUUUUCAAUGCCAUGGCUCGUGCCCCAUCUUCUGAUGGAACCAUGCUUACAGGGAAGUCUGAUAUCGUUCAAAGUUGGUGUAAAAUCUUUAGCUAACUUCUCAACAGAUCGACCAGUGAGCCAUGCAAGAUAUGCUUCAGCGCCCGGUUCUAAGCUCUCUUGACGAUCCCCCAACACUGAAGGAAACCCAUAAAAAAAUAAGCAGCUCCAGGCUGGGAAAGCACCUGUUGUUGAUGAGAAACCUCCAAAAAUCUUUAAGGAGGGAGGAGAGGUCAUCACCGUCAAGCUCACUGAGUUGAUGCAGCAGUUUUGGGUCAAGGGCUCAGUGCCUAGGGACUUCAAGGACGCCAACGCCAUCCACCUGUACAAAAACAAAGAUGACAGAGCAUCCUGUGACAACCACAGUACAAAGGUAUCUCGCUGUUGAGUAUUCAAGGAAAGAUCAUGGCACGCAUCAUACUAAGCUGUAUCACACACCACCUCCUGGAUGAUUUUCGUCUGCGAGAGUCAGUGUGCCUUCAGGAGAAACAGAGGGACAAUCGACAUAAUAUUCCUCGUAGGAAAGAUCAAGGAAAAGUGCCGCGAGCAGAAUCAGAGCCUGUACAUCCUCUUUGUUCACCUGACCAAGGCCUUUGAUACCGUCUUUUGGUGGGUUGGACGUGUGGUUUGAAUGGAAGACACGCACUUCCCGAAAAUGGUCCUCUUCCCUUAGGUCACCAGCGGCGCACGUAGCAUUGGACACCCACUAAAGAGGUUGAAAGACAGCCAGAAACAAAAAACUGAAUCGAAUCCCACUCUAAGAUAUGAAACCUUCGCCACAGACUGCAACGCCUGGAGAAUGGCCGUCCACAAGGGGCUGCAUGGUUGCCAUCAGACCUCGCUGUUGGCCGAGUUCUAGUGGCGCGUUAGCUGCGUCUUAGCGAUUGAGUCGAUCUAUAUGGUUUCUUCGAGUUGUUUAAGCUAGACCAUUAAUGAUUUUGUUUUUUAAUUUUCGUAAGGAUGGGGAGUGGAAAGAAAAGGACAAAGAACUACUACGCAGCCAACAGGUAACAGGAAAAAGUCAAGCAAAGCCUUCACCCGCCAUGCCACCUGUAAUCGAAAGCAUAAACGAGGAUCUCAGCAGUGAUGAAGAAGACGAGGAGGAGAACUUUCGAACCAAACAACUCUUUUUAUUUGCUUGGCAAAUUGCUAAAGGAAUGGUAAUUACUAUAUUAUUAUUUCUGAGAAACGUUGCUUCCAUUCAGGUUUUGUUUUCAUCCUUCAAAGAUCGUUGUCAAAGACUAUUCCACAAGCAAGAAAUAAAGGAAAUUAAAAUAAGUUAAUUUUCUAGAUGAUUAAUGGUUCUUAGCGGAGAAAUUGUCAUAGUCGAUCGAACCAAAUUCGGCAUGUUUUGUCUGAACUUGAAUCAGCCGUUUAGAUCAGUUCAGUUGUGAUAUUUUACUUUUGAUUAUUGGCUCCUAUAAUUUUCACGCCUUCACCCGUGCCUUUUUAGGCAAUAGUAGCCCCGUAAAUGAAAUUUUAUGGUACUUAUUUUCAUUUUUCUCUUUCCUUCUUAAAAUUAGAAUCAUCUCGCCGAAAACAAUCUUGUUCACAGAGACCUUGCUGCCCGUAAUGUUCUUGUUGGCCAUGACAACCAAAUCAAAGUGUCAGACUUUGGGUUGAUGAGACAAAUCUAUGAAGAUGUGAGCAGCUCAGCGAAGUCCAAAAAACUUCCUGUAAAAUGGAUGGCCCCCGAAGCACUUUAUCAAGGCCUUUACACCACCAAAAGUGAUGUGUGAGUAUAAAAAAAUCCCACUCUUUUAAACUCAUUUCGAUAAAUUACUGCUCAGAAAACCUCAGCCAGCUUCCCUAAAAGUCGUGAUCAGCGAGUUUAUUUCAAACCGAUCUAGAAUUUCAGUGGUUAUAGUGGCUGAUUUCGUACUUGUCAAUAUAAUUUCGACUCGGGACUACAUAGUUUGCAUAUAAGUCCUGAGCGAGAGCGGCGUCUGCUGAAUUCUUAAUUCGGAGUGUACGUAAAGAUCAUUUAGUUACGAUUAUGCGGCAGACCCGUCACCUAAAUUGGUAUUCUUUUCCGAUCCCUACUCUGUUAACCUUGCUAGGCCAUUGGCUAAGGGCUUUGAGCAGCUGAGGCCUGGUGUCAUAGGGUUAAGUCAAGAGCGAAGGCAUGGAAAGGUGGAGAUACGCCCUUUUGCCUUAAGUUCAUCAAGUAAAGAGAAGAGAAGAAAAGUAAUGUUAAUGCAGUGGGGAUAUUCACGACCUCUGUGCUUUUCUCUAUAGUUGGUCUUUUGGUGUUGUUCUUUGGGAGAUGGCUACAUUGGGUGAGUAGACCGUCACACACUAAUCAUGUAAACUCCCAAGGCGAGGGGAAUCCCAAGAACUCUCCUCCUUGUUGCCACGGGGUAUAUGACUUGAAUUGUGCGACUGAUAUCAAAGGACGACACUGGGACUUAAAGAGUGAGUCCUUAUUAAAUAAGGUUAUUGUUACCAGGAAACAGGCUGAUACCUGAUGACUUUUAUUUGUGGCAAGCUUGGCACUUUUGUUUUGAACUAGGCUCUAUGUCUGAUAAGUGAUAAUCGGCAUCAAAUAUGCACGCAUUAGUUGUUUUCUGGAAAGAGGAGCCUUAUUACUAAGCACCCUGUUUUCUUUGACGACACAUUUCAAUGCAAUUCUGACCCCUGCUCAAUCACUAUUCUAUUGCAAAACGGCAUUAUUGAGUGCGGGGGAAUGAAGAGUCGUCGACAUUGACAUUUCCAGGUAAAAGCUAUCCAGAGGAAUGAGCCAUAUUUUCAAAUAAUAACAUGUAUAUUUUUUCUUUCGCAUAACGUGAUCAGGAGGCGUACCAUACCCCACGCUGACCAACUCAGAGUUGUAUCGACUGCUUGGCACUGGUUAUCGCAUGGAAAGGCCUGACAUGUGCUCCGAUGAUGUGUACGUUUCUUGAUCAGAAUAGUCUUAGAACUAACAAAAAGAUUCGAUCUUUUUAGUUAUAAAUAGGCUUGAAAGUUGCAGAGGACAAGUCGGUUUCGAUUUUGACGUUUUCUUCGAUCAAAUUGAUUACUGAACAGAUGGAUGGCAAAAUCUUAGCUUAAAUAUUUGUUUCAUACAGUGAUAUGAUAGUGUUAUUAAACAGAGAUCGACAGAGCAAGAAUUAGCCUGCGAGCAAGCUCUCCAUUUGGGCGAGGAAAACGAACCGCGCGAGUACGCGCGAGCGGGGGGCCCCUCGCUGUCGUGUUUCCUCUGGCGUGUCGCACUUGCGUGUACUUGAAGAGAUCCCCCAAAUGGAGAGCUUGCUCGCAGGCUUGGCAAGAAACCGACAAGCCUAAUGAUCCGGGGUGAGUGGCUCCCAGCUGGUCUAAAGGAAAACUCUUCCACUUAAUCGGAAAAACGGUGUCUAUACAUGUAAUAAUGGAUUGGAACUCUGACUAACUUCAAUUGUUUUUUUUGUUUUUUUGUCCAUAACAGAUAUGAGCUGAUGGCUGACUGCUGGAAAGAGGAACCUCCCUCUCGUCCCAGUUUCUAUCAACUGAUCGAAAAACUGGAGGUGAUAAUGGAGAGAGAUGCACCAUACUUGCAUCUAAACGAACACAAUGAAGAUCGUCCAUAUUACAACGUGCCACCUGAAGCUAGUGGUGAUUAA